AUGAACGCUUGGGAUAAAAUUGCAACUUGGGCUUAUUCGGUUGGUUUACCCUUCAAUGCCGUAGGUGAGAAAGGUUUCCAAGAUAUGAUCAAUUCCAUUGUUGAAUAUGGAAUAGGUAUGCCAGCUCCAUCUUAUCAUAAUAUCCGUGUCACAUUGAUGAAAAAACAUUUAGAAGAUACUCAAAAGUUUGUGGAUUCAUUCCGACCACAUUGGGAGGAAUAUCGGUAUAGCAUUAUGUCCGAUUUUUGGACAGACAGUAAAGGAAGAUGUUUGAUAAAUUUCUUAGUCAAUUGUCCUCUUGGAACGGUUUUCUUGAAAUCAAUUGAUGCAUCAGAUCAUGUAAAGAAUGCUCAAUUGAUCGUGGAAAUGAUAAAUGAGGUGAUAAAAGAUGUUCGAGAGGAGAACAUUGUGCAGUUCAUUACAAACAAUGGGUCAAACUUUAAAGCUACUGGAAAGAUUUUAGAAGAGAAACAUCCCAAGUUGUUUUGGACUCCAUGUGCAACACAUUGUGUGAAUCUCAUGAUAGGAGAUAUUGCUCCUUUGGUGGAUGUGGUUAGAUUGGUUGAUACGGAAGAGAAGCCAUGUAUGGGUUACGUCUAUGAUGCAGUAGACAGAGCCAAGGAGCAGAUCAAGAAAAAUAUGACUGACACGCCUAAUGAAAGAAUGAUCACUAGACUUUGGGCUAUGAUUCAAGCAAGAUGGAGCGACCAACUUCAUCACCUGUUACAUGCAGAUCGUCUAGUGCCUGAUAAUGAUGACAAUGAUAAAUUGAGGCAAGAGUUGAAUCUAUGCAUUGAUUCAGUUGGGCAAUUUGGAUCUCCAGCUGUUAUAAGGGCUAGGACAAAAGUUGCACCAUAUAUAUGGUGGCGUACUUAUGGGAUCUACACGCCUUUGCUCCAAAACUUUGCUAUCACAGUCCUUAGUCAUACAUGUAGUGCUUCAGCUUGUGAACGCAAUUGGAGUGCAUUUGACAAUUUACAUUCAAAGAAAAUAAAUUGUCUUUUGCAGCAAAAACUUAAUGACCUUGUAUUCAUCCAAUACAACAUAAGGUUACAAAGGCAUUACAAUUCAUUAAAAUCCAACAGAUCUUUGGAUCCUAUUUUAUUGAGAGAUGUAGAGGAAAAUGAUGAUUGGGUUAUACCAACAGAAGUUGAGCUUCAAGAGUUUGUUGAUGGUAGAGAUGGUCUUCUUUGGUCAGCUACGCAAGAAGCAAUGGGAAGAAACGAAGAAGUUGGGGUAACAACUAGGAGAAAAAGAGAGCGCUAUAGAGAUGAUGUUGAUGAUGAUAUUAGAAUUGAAGUGAAUGAUCUUGAUGAACAAUUGGAUGCCUUGGUUGAUGUGGACUCAGAGGAAGAUUUCAUGGCUUACGAUUAGAUUAUGUUUCGAUUAGAUUAUCUUUAAAACAUUAACACAUUUUGAAUUUUCUAGUUGCUAUUAUAUUUAUAUAUGUUUUACGUUAA